GAGAGAGGGAGGGAGAGAAGGGAGGGGAGAGGAAAGAACAGGGAAUGGAACAGCUGUACUGUGUCAGUAGUGCUGGACUGAGAGGCUGCAGGCAGCAUGAGCAUGAGCAUGUCUGACACUCUCUUCAAGAGAUAGCAGCAAAGAUGCAGUCACUUCUAAGCAUGAUGAGCACCCAGGUGUGGUUCCUCUUCUUCAGUGUGAAUUUACUCUCACUACAAAUCUCACUCUGCCAAGAGCUCCAGAGUGAAACUGACCCCAGCAAUCAGAGCUUGAACAGUACACCACUCACUGUCAACCAUACACUCAAUCUUUCUCGCAAACUCCUCCAAUUUAUCCAGUCAGAUCUCAAGAACAUGACUCACCUGAAAGCUCUGGAUGCAGUUCUGAAAAAGUAUGUGGGGCCACUCUCUACAGUCCAGAAACUUGACCUGUCUGGAAAUGGCCUAUAUACAGACAUGAUUGACUAUCUUCUGAGAGAUGCUCCUGCUCUUACCAACCUCUCUUUAAAUGAAAAUAGCAUAACAAAAAUAGGCAAUGCUACCUUUAGUGGUUCCCUAUCACUAAGAAACAUUGAUUUACAUAACAAUGUCAUUCUAGAGAUUGAGGAGGGCACAUUUGAUUCUCUGCUCAAUCUCACUGAGCUGGAUUUAUCAGUGAAUUCAAUCUCAUGCAUUACUGACUUUAACCUGUUCCAGCUGAGAUCAUUAAACCUGAGCAAAAAUAGCAUGACCUCCUUCCAAAGCAUUGACUCAAACCAAGCGUUUGAGUUGCUCUACCUGGACCUGAGGGAGAACAAGAUGCACUACUUUCCUGUCCUGCCAAGGAGGAACAAGAUCAUCUAUCUAGACAUUUCACGGAACCAACUGCAUAGCCUGAACAGCACAGGUCCAGAUGAUGAGCUUCAGUAUCUGAGGGACAUAGAAGAACUGACUCUUUUUCCACUCCACAGCAGCAAAACCCACCAGUUGCUUCCCAAACUUCUGUACUUAGACCUGAGCUAUAACCAGCUCAAGGCAGUGCCUCCUGAUUUCUUCUCCAGUUUGGAGGCUCUGGAUACCCUGAACAUGAGCAAUAACUGUCUAGACAACUUCAUGAUGGACACUGGGAGUCCUCUGAAUGCAUUGAAGACCCUUGACCUGAGCUACAACAACCUGCAGAACCUGACCUUUAUGGAAAACACGCUGCAGGCACUGGAGACACUUUACCUGCAGGGCAACAUUCUCACGAUGUUGGACUCUGGAAUCUUUCAUUUACCCAGCAUCACCAACCUGCAUCUUCAGUUUAAUGGGCUGAGCAUCUGUGGUCCACAGCAAAACCAAACCAGUGGCUGUGUCGCUCUCUUCUCUAUCCCUACCCUGCGAUACCUUUACCUAUCUGAGAACAAAUUGACUUCCUUGCCUGCACAUGCAUUUCAGGAAACCCCAUUACUCAUCCUGGACCUAUCACUGAACCCUAACAUGAAAAUCAGUGAACAGGCCUUUUCAGGCUUAGAGCGGUCCCUCACCCACCUGUACUUGAGAGGAAACCAGCUUGAAAAGCAUAGCAUCAGCCUCUUAUCAACUCUACACAGCUUGAAGGUUCUGGAUUUGCCCAAUAACCAGUUAGAUGGCCUGUUUCUGGGUAGCAGAGACUCUUCCAUUGAGAUUCUGAAUCUGCAGAACAACAAAAUCAAGAUCCUAGACAUUUCCACAGUAUUGGCACUAGAGAAGACAAUCAGAACUCUCUAUCUUGCCUCAAAUCCACUCAUUUGCUGUGAAAACUUGCAUUUGAUCAGAUUGGUGCAACAGGCCCAUGUGGACAUUGACAAUGCCAUGUGCAAAUACACAGGGGAUGCUGGGUAUGGUACCAUCAACCUCAGAGACGUGAAAUCUGAACACUGUGAAACUCUGAACAGCAAAGUGUUUGUAAUUGCCAUGAUUGCUGUACUAGUCUUGGGGCUAAUGAUUGUUUUGCUGGUGGCCAUAAAGUUGUGCCACUCAAGGAGUUACAAAUUCAGCAACAGUUACAAGGCUUAAAAUAUUAUAGAAAGGAAACCAAGAAAAUUAUGUUAAGGUUGUCAGAUGUAAGGUAUUGACCCACAAGACAAAAUCUUUCAUCUGAAUGACAGUUAAACAGUUCACCUCCAUCAGGUAGAAUAGCCCAAUUAUAAAGAAUGGGGAGCCAGAUAUAUGCUGAAUAACCUUACAUGGAAGCAAGGACUGAUGAAAAUGUGACUGGUAUCACAUGAGUUCAGCAGAAGGUCCCUCCGCAGUGAGGUACUGAAAAUAUGUGUGAUGGGGAAAUGGCUAAAAUGGUUGUGCCAGGUUGAAACACUAGGGACUAUGUUAAGGCUGUUAACAGAAAUGUGCAAUGUUACAGCAAAACAGAGAAUCAAAAUUGACUAGACACAUAAGCCCGAUAUAAUUGCCUAAAGAAGAAGGUUUCUAUAUAAGAGGAGGGGCAUGAGGAUCAGCACAAUUAAGUAAGAAACCACCACUUAAUGAAACAAUGACAGGAAAUAUGAAGGACCAACAUUAUAAGUGUGACUUGGCUUUGCACAUCUGGCGACGAUGUCCUUAUUAUAAUGUCAGUACUGUCAUUUUGGAUGGUCACUACAUUUCCCCAGAAAACUAUUCUUUUGCACUUUAAAGACUGUGAUAUAUGAAUAUGAAAGAUGUGUGAAAUGCAAUAUGUACAUAUAACAAAACCCAUCAAACACUAAAAAGGUUGUACCUACUACAGUUCUACAUAGGGGUAUAGAAUAAAGCGAGAUUUAAAACUUAAUAAGAUCCACACCAUUCACAUUUUAAUUGAUUGGAGUUAUUCAUUUCAAUUCAAUUCAGCUUUAAUUGUAUAGCACUUUUAACAACAGACAUUGUCCCAAAGCAGCUUUACAGAAAUAUAUACAUUCAGGAUAUAGAUUUUAAACAGAUGAAUUUAUCCCUAAUGAGGAGCCAGAGGUGAUGGUGGCAAGGAUAGAUUACUAGGUAUGCUUAUUGUCCCAUAAUGGUUAACGACAAUGUCCUUUGAGUGAGUGCAAACAGGGACUGUGUCAAGACUAGCUAUGACACCAUAACUAAAAGGGAGAGCCAGAAGGUAACACAGACAUUAGGGUGCCCUGGGACAUAAGGCGUUCAGCCACUCAACCAUCAACAAACCUGAGUGAAUGUGUGAAAGUUGGGGAGCGACAGCAUCCAAACAUCCCAGCUCACUACAACACUCUGUGCCCAUGAGCGCUGUAGAUCUGCUCCUUUACCUAAGAAAAAAAUUCACAAAAAGCAUGACUAAACAAAUAUAUUUUCAGCGUAGACUUAAACACUGAGACUGUGUCCCGAACACUAGUUAUCUAAAGUUAACUAGCUAAACCCUAUCUUCAUCCUUAAGGCUAGUAGCAUUGAUGACUUUAGUGAAUUUAUAACUUUAACAAAGCCUUAGGUUGACUCCCUAAGAAGCAAAUCUAGCUUUGUAAAAUGCUCCUCUGGUAUGAUUUGAAGGGCAGUGGCAUUUGUGUCAUGGGACCAGACAGAGACCAUGUGAAGUGUGGGUGUGUGAGAGAUAUGAUUUAACCGAGCCACAGCAGAGGAAAUGUUGCUGUCCGGACACCUGCAGUAAAACUACAGCAUGUUUUCACAGCUUUAGGGCUGCCACAGUUACCUUUCCUGUUAUUGAUUUGGUCUUCACAGCUCUGAAUCCGAAUAAGGUGUCUUGGUUACUUAGCCUAAAUGUAGCUGUUUGCUGAUGGAAAAUAGUCAUUUUAUUUGCAUUUUCAAAAAUCUAAAGGAUGUAUAAUAUUCCUUCAAGGUAUCUGAGUAUCAGAUUUAAUGUAGCAUCAGUAUUCAUUGAGCUUAUUUUAUUAAUAGAUUUCAGGGUAGAAGCAGUGUAAACUUGCUGUCUAAACCAGGACCUGGCAUGACUGAAAUAGACAGGAGGAAAUCCCUGUGUGUUUGAGUGUGUCAUCUCUUUGUGUAUAAAUAGAAGCUCAUUUCAUAGCUUGUUGACGCUGUAAUGAUAAGAUAUUUCCUCUUAUGUAUUUCAUGGUCACUACCACUUCUUGUUUAACAUCCCACGCAAGCUGCACCAGCCGAAACUAGCAGUGAUCACAUACACACACCUACACACUGCUCUGUUCAGACUGAGUCUCCUGUUUUGUUCCACUAAAUAUUUAUUCUUUAUAAAGGAAUUCUAAAAAAACAAAAACAAAUGUAUGAUGAAUGUAAAUGAACAGAUGUAUAUUUAUAAAUAUCCCUAUUUUGUUAAAUAAAUGAUCUGUGCAUAA